AUGGCCGAGCUCGGGACGCUCCACAAGCAGCACGCGCGGGUUCGCGACAUCGUCGGCGCCAUAUGCGACCGCCUAGCAGCCAAGGAGACUGCGCUGGACGAAGCAGCCCGGGGCAUUCAAGCGCUUCGCGACGAGAUGACCCAGCGCAAGGAAGAGUGGGCUGUGGAGAAGAAGAACAUGGCGCGCGCGCUGGAGGACAUGCGAGAAGCGACGGAGGAGAAGGACCGGCGAUACGCCGAGCUCCAGCGCGAAUGGGUACGAUCGACCUCGAGCGCAAGAUGGUGGUGA